CUCGUCGUUGAUGCGAAAGUGCACUUCGGUUGUUACAGAGAGAUUAUGUAUGUUUAGAAUGGGCACUUCUUCUCUAGCGAAGGUCAUUUCUUUGUUCAUUCCGUUGACGGGAAAGACACGAGUGGAGUUGACAGACCACAUGUGGUUGGUCGCGUGCGGAGAGGCAGAGACACCGGAUCCGGAACGGAAUCGAAUGGUGAGAGUGAUCAUGAUAGAGCGCCGACGACGACAGUCGAAGUAUCGGUGGUGGCUGACCGUGACAUGACGCAGUUCUACGGAGAUAAAACAGAAACGUACAUUCUCUCGCUUAUGAACACCGUCUCUACUCUGUUCAAAGACAAAUCAUUAGGAACUCAAGUGGACAUUGUGCUGGUCCGUCUCAUUAUUUUGGAAAAUGAUUCUGUAAACCUGUCAGUAAGCUCUGAUGCAUAUUCAAGUUUGAGAAACUUCUGUCAGUGGAAGAAAUCAAUCACCAAACAAUCAGUGAAUGAGGAUGUUUCUCUUCUUCUUACGAGAAGAAAGAUAUGCGACCGCAACAGUCAAAACUGUGAUGUCUUAGGCAUGGCGGACAUGGAAGGCGCUUGUAGUGAUUUUGGAAACUGUGCCAUUGUUCAAGACGUCGGUCUCAUAUCUGCCGAAGUCGUCGCUCACGAAAUAGGACACUUGUUGGGUAUGAGACAUGAUGGUGAUGACAACUUGUGUUUCUCAAGAGGAAAUCAUAUCAUGGCAUCCACGUUAGUAAAUUCGCCCGAAGCUCACUUCCGCUGGUCAAGCUGUAGUCGGAAAUCUUUGACAGAUUUUCUUAGAAAUAGUAAGGCAAACUGUCUAAAGAAUUCUUAUGAUGUUGGUUCUCCAUUGCGGCGAAAGGUGGCGGAUCUAGAAGGAAAAUUACCAGGUCAACUAUUCUCGCGAGAGGAACAAUGCAAGGUUUCUCAUGGUUUGUAUUCGAAACCUUGUGUGUGGCACUCAGAAACGUCUUGUGGUGUCGCUUGGUGUUCGACGUCAACAGGACGAUGUAUUACUUUUGGAGGGAAAUGGGCGGAGGGCACGAAGUGUGGUGAAGGGAAGUGGUGCAUCAAUGGUCAAUGCGUGAAUAACAAUUCCUAUAGCGAAGCUGGCGAUGUCGCCGUCGAUGGCGGUUGGUCGAGUUGGAGUAAAGCGAGUUCGUGUAGCCGCACGUGUGGAGGUGGAGUGAAAACCGCAUACAGGAAAUGCAACAAUCCAAGUCCUCAAAAUGGCGGCAAGUCUUGUGUUGGAGACAGUCGUCGCUACAUGGCCUGUUCUGUGGAUGAAUGCGCCGAUUCGAGUUUCUCGUAUCGACAGUCGCAGUGCGCUCAACUCUACAAGCAAGCCGUGAUGACGGACAGAGUGUCGCAUCCGAGAUGGAGACUCAGUCAUCUCACAGUGACCGCAAGAGGGGAAGACUGUCGUCUGCACUGCUAUGGUAGAGACGAGAGAAGUCUGUUUCCGGUGGCACCGGUGGCAAAAGACGGUACUCUGUGUCGACUACAGAGCAAUGAAAAGGGAAUGUGCAUUCGAGGCAACUGUAGGCGACUAGGAUGUGACCGCAUUGUGGGAUCCAGUGAGAGAGUAGACAGAUGUGGUGUGUGCGGUGGUAAUGGUACUGGUUGUAAAGUAGUCGUUGGCUCGUACAGUCCUGAUGACAAAGGAUUUGUGCCUAUCAUCGAAAUACCUAGAGGGGCAGUCAACGUUGACGUUUGUCAGGCGUCUUCUUCGCUCAGAGACGGCUCAUACCUUGCAAUUCAAGAUGAACAUGGUAGAAAUUAUUUCAACAAUCGUCGUUUGCUCGAGGUUCGUCCUGUUUCGUUCCAGGCAGCAGGCACGACACUCAAGUACAGUGGAGCGUCCUCAUCACAAGAACAGAUAACCGCACAAGGGCCAUUACAGGAAAAACUCAUAGUGAAGAUGUUGGUCUUUAGAACUCAUGCUCAUGAAGUUCGAUAUUCCUUCUCAUUACCUAAAGAAAAUGAAGAAAUUCAAAAUAAUACGAGUUUUCUGCCACCAGUAGAGCGAUACUCGUGGACGCAUGAAAGUAUUUGGUCUGCUUGUAAUAAAGUGUGCCAAGGCGUUCAGUAUAAGAAAGUUGUUUGCAAAAACCUAAACACGGAUCGAGUUGUAAGGGAUGUUUACUGCAAUACGAAGGAGAAACCACAAUCUCUCCAUAGACCUUGCAACACCGUGUGCCCUAGCAGAUGGAACGUUAGCAAUUGGCAAACAUGCUCCUGCAAUGGCAAGCAAGCGAGACUUGUUGUCUGUGUUGACGCUGGAGGUGCACGAGUGCCUGACGCAAAAUGUAGCAACAUCACUAAGCCGAGCACAACUAGAUCGUGCCUGUACGACCGCACCAACUGCUCCAAAGGUCAUUGGAAGAAAGCAAAAUGGAGUGGCUGCAAGGCUCUAUGUGGCCAUGGUGUACGAGAUCGCCAUGUAUAUUGUGCAAACGCCAAAGGAGAGAGACUGGCCGAUGACAGAUGUCGUGGACGGAAACCUUCAGCCACGAGAUCUUGCGCUGUCAAACAGAAAUGUGGCGGAUGGGUGAUCGGUAGCUGGUCACAGUGUUCUGCGUUUUGUGGUUACGGUCUCCGUCAGCGUUCCGUCACGUGUGUUGAUGAUAACGGGUUGUUCUCGUCGUCAUGUGAUCGACUUACGAGACCUGCAGAGACGAAGGCGUGUUAUCAAAAGUGUCGUUAGAUUACAUGAAGGGGAAUCUUCUUUGUCACUUUAAAAUUAUUAGAAACUUUUAAGUAUUAUGUUCGAAUAAUUGUAUUGCGUACUUAAUUUAUUAUUUAAUGAACGUGCUUUUUGCAAGUAAGCUAAGAAUAUUUGUUCAGAUGCGUAAUAUUUCGCUUGAUUAAAAUAUUUAUUGUGCGGAUGCUGUCAC